GAAUUUCUCCCACAAUGCUACAGCUCGACAGGACCAGCACCGGCGGUUUUCUCAGUCUGCCGAUCGAUGUUGGAUGCUGGAGAUCCCAUCGAGUUCCCUUCCAACAACAUGGCCUUCAGCAGGAGGAGAGAUCCCACCGAUAGUGGGAAAGCCCCCACGAGCGAAUUGUGUCUCAAUUCCAGAAGCCCCAGCUACUGCAUGCCGAAGAUGGUCCUGGGCAAUUCGCCCCAGAACUUGUUGUAGCUCAAGUCCAGCUUCUACAGCCACCCCAGACUCGGAGGCAACGGAUCCUCGAGCUUGUUGUGGCUCAGGUCCACGAUGGCCUGCAGGGAUGAGCCCAGUGUUCCCGAUCUCUCUCAGGACCAGAAAUUCAGAGUGUUGCUGAGCUGCUCCAGUUCCUGCGGAUGCGAAUGUGCUUCGGGUUCCGAACGUAGCAGCAGAAAACACAGAAGCUUCCUCAGGUGCCUAAGCUGACCUAUGGCCGGAGAAAUCAUUGAGUUCGGGGUCGCAUUUGGUAUAUCUGUUGAAUUCUGAUGGCUCGUAGAAGGAGAGUGAAAGUACGUGGGGUUCGUCGUUUUCAUCAUCUUCUCAUACAAUACCGUGACAUACACUGCCAUUCGCACAUAGCUGUUUUAUUGCAGUGAUCCACCCAUUUCCUGUUGCCAGCAUUACGUCGUGCAGAGCUCGAGCUUUCAUGAGUUCCAUCGGUUCUGCCCCAGUUUUAAUCAUCAUGAAAAUGGAACGGAUCAGCAUUACCAGGCUCCAACUGCAUUUCGAAGUAUAUGUCAUCGAGCACUAAAUGGUUCGUCUUGGGAGUUGGUUCGAAUCUCGAAAUGUCUUCUCCUUCUUCUUGACUAGGAAGCGAUCCCCUUCUAAGACAUCAUGCAUAAAUUCCAGGGGACAGACUGAGAAAUUUGUUCCAGUUCCAGCGACCCGGAAUGUUUAAGGUUAUGCUGUAAUCGGAUUCCCUCGUUUGUAAACAUGAUCUAUAAUGACUUG